GGACGAACUACAAAUUCUCUAGGACUAAAGCAGAGCUAUAAUAGUCACGAACUCGGCAACGCAAAAUAGAUAAACGAUUGCUGAUGGCAGUUUUAUUUGUCAGAUUUUGAAAAUAAAAGAACUAAAAAACUCAUCUGAUGGGUCAGCAUUAAAGAAUCGGUCAAUCAGUAGCUUUGAUGGUUAACCUUUCCUUUCCGAAAGUUGGUAAAUAAAAGACACCCAUAAAUUAAAAAGUUAGUUGCAGCAUCUGGCGGUGAUUCUGAGAAGCGUCGAAGAGACGGCAAACUCGGUGUAACGCGCAAGGGUUGGUUAUGUUAUGUUGCGAAAAACACAGGGAGAAUCAUCGGACUAGCCGAAGACACGAGCUGUGAAUAACUUGUGGUAAAUAGCAGGAUUUUCUUAAUCUGGAAUCAAGAGACUAACAGAGAAUAUUAUGAAAAUAAUGGCCCAUCACUACGUAGUUACGGCCCAAAAGCCAACUGCGGUAACGGCUUGCGUGACCGGUAACUUCACAUCUCCGACCGACCUCAACCUCAUUCUGGCAAAGAAUAUGCGGCUCGAGAUCCACCUCGUCACCCCCGAGGGUCUGCGACCCCUCAAGGAAGUCGGGAUCUACGGAAAAAUCGCCGUAAUCAAGUUCUUCAGACCGCCGCACGAGAAGAAGGACUUGCUAUUUCUCCUGACAACUCGAUACAACGCCAUGAUACUCGAAUGCAUAGGCGAAGGCGAGGACAUAGAGAUAAUAACAAAGGCACAUGGGAACGUAGCAGACAGAAUUGGGAAGGCUUCAGAAACAGGAAUAAAGGCGGUGAUAGACCCAAAGGCACGAGUAAUAGGACUGAGACUCUAUGAUGGAUUAUUCAAGAUAAUACCUCUGGACAAGGACAACCCAGAGCUUAAGGCAUCUUCGAUCAGAAUGGAGGAACUGCAAGUUCAGGACGUAAAUUUUCUGCACGGCUGCUCAAACCCAACGUUGAUUCUAAUCUAUCAGGACAUAAAUGGGCGGCAUGUCAAAACUCACGAGAUAUCGCUGAGAGACAAAGAGUUCGUAAAAAUACCCUGGAAACAGGAUAACGUCGAACGAGAAGCUAUGAUGGUGAUUCCGGUCCCAUCGCCCAUUUGCGGUGCGAUCAUAAUCGGCCAGGAGAGCAUCCUCUACCAUGACGGGACAACGUAUGUUGCGGUAGUUCCGCCGGUAAUAAAACAGAGUACAAUCACGUGCUACACCAAGGUUGACAACCAGGGGCUUCGGUAUCUACUAGGAGACAUGGCAGGGCAUCUGUUCAUGCUGUUCUUAGAGCAAGAGAAAAAGGCUGAUGGGACAAUGGUUGUCAAGGACUUGAAAGUCGAGGUACUAGGUGAGAUUAGCAUCCCCGAGUGCAUCACUUACCUCGACAAUGGUGUCAUUUUCAUCGGCAGUCGUCUAGGUGACUCGCAGCUCGUCAAGCUGGUCACAAAGGCAGAUGAGAACGGCUCCUACUGCGUGCCGAUAGAGAUAUUCACCAACUUAGCGCCAAUCGUCGACAUGGCUGUCGUAGACCUGGAGCGGCAGGGCCAGGGACAAAUGGUCACAUGUUCGGGUGCCUUCAAAGAGGGAUCUCUGAGGAUAAUAAGGAACGGAAUUGGUAUUCAGGAGCACGCUAGCAUAGAUCUGCCUGGCAUAAAGGGCAUGUGGGCACUGAAGAUGGGGGGGAGCAGUUGCGACAAUACCUUGGUGCUUUCAUUUGUCGGGCAGACACGGAUACUGACACUGAAUGACGAGGAGGUGGAAGAGACCGAGAUUCCUGGCUUCGUUUCCGACGAACAGACCUUCCACACAGGCAAUGUGACGGCCGAGACUUUCAUCCAGAUAACGCCGACCUCUGCCAGGCUGAUUUCCAACACCGCAAAUCCCAUUGUGUCCGAGUGGAAGCCUGAGAACAACAGGACCAUUAGCGUUGUCGCGUGCAAUGGUACGCAGGUCCUCUGCGCCACUGGAAAUGAUUUGUUUUACAUGGAAAUAGUGUCCUCUCAGAUCGUCCCAAAAGGGUCCGUUGCUCUGCAGCACGAGGUUGCCUGUCUGGACAUUUCCCCGCUGGACGGAAACUUAGAGGCUAAGAUCGUGGCUGUCGGACUGUGGACUGACAUAUCGGUGAGAAUUCUCACCCUGCCGGACCUCGAAGAAAUGAACAAAGAGCUCCUAGGUGGGGAAAUAAUCCCCAGAUCGAUCCUGAUGACCUGCUUCGAGGGAAACACCUAUCUGCUAUGCGCGCUAGGUGACGGCAGCAUGUACUACUUUACGCUUCAAAAACAGAACGGUAUUCUGUCCGACAAGAAGAAGGUCACCCUCGGCACACAGCCCACGGUCCUGAGGACAUUCAGAUCCCUUUCGACGACUAACGUGUUCGCCUGCUCUGACCGUCCCACGGUGAUAUAUUCUUCGAACCACAAGCUAGUCUUCAGCAACGUCAACCUGAAAGAGGUGAACCACAUGUGUUCGCUCAACGCCGAGGCUUACCCAGACAGUCUAGCCCUGGCCACGGACAGCACUGUUACAAUCGGUACGAUAGAUGAAAUCCAGAAGCUCCACAUAAGAACGGUGCCACUCGGCGAGUCACCAAGAAGGAUCGCGUAUCAGGAGACCUCGCAGACUUUCGGUGUUAUCACGAUGCGGGUAGACAUGCAGGAGAGCAGCGGUGUCAGCAUUGUCAGAUCGUCCGCAUCCACACAGGUUGCGUCAACGUCCAGUAGCAGCCACAUAGCGUCGCACAACAAGCCUGGACACACGGCCAGUGACAUUGGGCAGGAGAUAGAGGUCCAUAAUCUACUGAUAAUCGACCAACACACUUUCGAAGUUCUCCAUGCUCACACGCUGAGGCCGACCGAGUACGCAAUGUCACUGAUAUCAACGAAGCUCGGUGAGGACCCGACGUCGUACUUCGUCGUUGGUACCGCCUUCAUCAAUCCAGACGAGUCCGAGCCAAAGACAGGAAGGAUACUGUUGUACCACUGGAACGAUGGCAAGCUGACGCAGGUCACGGAGAAGGAGAUAAAAGGCGCUUGCUACUCACUGGUUGAAUUUAACGGCAAGUUGUUGGCCAGCAUCAACAGCACCGUAAGAUUGUUCGAGUGGACCGCCGAGAAGGAGCUCAGACUGGAGUGCAGCCACUUCAACAACAUCAUCGCACUCUUCCUCAAGACCAAAGGGGACUUUGUGCUGGUCGGCGAUCUAAUGCGCUCGCUGACAUUGCUUCAGUACAAAACGCUAGAAGGCAGUUUUGAAGAGAUAGCUAGAGACUACAGUCCCAACUGGAUGACAAGCAUCGAGAUACUGGACGACGACACUUUCCUAGGAGCUGAGAACUGCUUCAAUUUGUUCGUCUGCCAGAAAGACAGUGCAGCUACGUCCGAGGAGGAGAGGCAGCAGAUGCAGGAAGUCGGACAGUUCCACUUGGGCGAUAUGGUGAACGUCUUUAGACACGGUUCCCUGGUCAUGCAGCACCUGGGAGAAUCCAGCACACCGACUCAGGGCUGCGUCCUGUUCGGAACGGUGGGCGGCGCCAUCGGUCUCGUUACUCAGAUUCCAUCAGGUUUCUACGAUUUUCUGCACAAUUUGGAAGAUCGUUUGACGACGGUUAUAAAAAGCGUUGGUAAAAUAGAGCAUAGCUUCUGGAGGAGCUUCAACACAGAUUUGAAGAUGGAACCCUGCGAGGGCUUUGUCGAUGGUGAUCUAAUCGAAAGCUUCCUCGACCUGAGCCGCGAUAAAAUGGCCGAAGUUGCCAUGGGCCUCCAGAUCGACGACGGCAGCGGAAUGAAAAAAGACGCGACGGUGGACGAUCUCGUGAAAAUCGUAGAAGACCUAACGAGGAUACACUAGGCUCCUGGAGACAGAUUUGUUGCGACGAUUGUUUUUUUUUUUUUCUUUUCCUAUCCUGCAGGAGCGUUUAGAAGACUUUAUAGAAGACAAAAACGAGAAACAGAAUAAAAAGUUAGAUAGAGAUAAUAAUUUUGUAAAUAUACCAUUAUGAUAAAUAUGACUAUUGUGUUAAAAAACAAAAAAAAAAAAUAAACAAAGAAAAAAUGGCUGCCGAAGUUA